AUAUUAAAGGUCCCACCCCAUUUUAUUUACCCCGCAACCCCGGUCUCACCCUCUGUCCCCCCGCGUACUGCUUCAUACUCUGUUUUUAACCCUAAGCGCGAUGUACAGCUCUGAUCACAGCCCAUUGUAAGGGAAGCAUACUGAAAAAUACCUCGAGUAAAUACUGAGGAUCUUCAAAAUGCAUCCGUUUUAUUGACCGUUUAGAGUUGACGUUGACACCGGAGAGAAUAGUGAAGAUGGGCUGCUGCUCGGCGAGGUGCAUGUUGAUGUUCUUCUGCGCUCUUCAACUGAUCACUGCUGUGGAGAGACAGGUGUUUGAUUUUCUAGGUUACCAGUGGGCGCCUAUCCUUGUCAACUUCCUGCACAUCAUUGUGGUGAUAUUGGGCUUGUUUGGGACAGUCCAGUAUAAGCCCCGUUAUGUAGUUUUGUAUAUAGUCUGGACCGUGUUUUGGGUGACUUGGAAUAUCUUUAUCUGUUGCCUUUAUCUAGACCUCGGAGGGCUGUCAAAGGACAGUGAUUAUCUGUCACUGGGACUUUCAUCUCAUUGUUCAUGGUGGAAGGACAAUGGUCCGGGCUGUGGGAACAAAAACCUCCCGACCACUAGAUGGCAGCAUUUGGACAGUCCUGCUCUUGUCUCCGAACUAAGCUGCUUGUUAGAGUAUCAGUACAUCGAGGUUAUGCACAGUGCCCUGCAACUGUUCAUUUCUGCCCUGGGAUUUGUAUUUGCCUGCUAUAUCGUCAGCAUCUUCAGUGAAGAGGAAGACACAUGUUUAUUUGUAUAAGUGACAGUGUCCAGAUGUCAACAUUGAGAGAGGAAAGAGAUAGCAGAAAAGGACUUCAAGCAUUGAAAGUAGUGAAAACAGAAACCAGUUCAGAUGGAUUUUAAAGUAUUUUUAUGUAUAAACAUAAUAAUACACAACAAUUUAGAAAAUAAGAUUGAU